UCUCAAUACCAAAAUCCUAUGUAACGUUCUAGGAGCGCCAUUUAGUAUUGAAAUUAAAAAGUUCUGAAACGUGCUUUGCAAUUUCAUUUCUGAAUGUUGUGUUUUCGUAACUUAAUAAAGAUUUUCAAUAUUAAUUUGAGCUUGGGGUGAAAUUUGAAGUAUUUUCCAAAACAAUGCUACUGUACUGUACAAGUGACAGGUUAUAUUAUUUAAAACACAAUAACAAAUUUUAACCCUUCAAUAUUUAUAAUUAGUUUGAUUUUGAUUUGUAAUUGUUUAAAUUAUAAGAUAUGUAGUUUUUCUUUUCCAUAUUCGUUACAGAUAUGUAAUCGAAAAUUUAAAUUCAAAAAAUCAUGGCUGGCGAACAAGAUAUGCCCACCUUCAAAUGCGUCUUGGUCGGAGAUGGAGGUACUGGCAAAACUACCUUUGUAAAAAGACACAUGACUGGUGAAUUCGAAAAGAAAUAUGUAGCAACCUUAGGAGUAGAAGUUCACCCUUUAGUUUUCCACACAAAUAGAGGACAAAUUCGUUUUAACGUAUGGGACACAGCAGGCCAAGAAAAGUUUGGUGGUCUGCGUGAUGGAUACUACAUCCAAGGACAAUGUGCCAUAAUUAUGUUUGAUGUUACAUCUAGAGUCACUUACAAAAAUGUUCCAAACUGGCACAGAGAUCUUGUUAGAGUUUGUGAAAAUAUCCCAAUUGUAUUGUGUGGUAACAAAGUUGACAUCAAAGAUAGGAAAGUUAAGGCAAAGAGCAUUGUCUUCCAUAGGAAGAAGAAUUUACAAUACUAUGACAUCUCUGCAAAAUCCAACUACAACUUUGAAAAACCCUUCUUGUGGUUGGCUAGGAAACUCAUUGGAGAUCCCAACUUAGAAUUCGUAGCUGCACCUGCCUUGCUUCCUCCAGAAGUCCAGAUGGAUCCCCAAUGGCAGCAACAAAUCGAAAAGGAUCUUAAAGAAGCCUCAGAAACUGCACUGCCCGAUGAUGACGAAGAUUUAUAAACUCAUUAACCAAUUACUAAAACUCUGUCAUCGUUCCAAAGCGCGUGUGUAACAAUUGAUAUCUUACAAGACUUAAGUUAAAUUACAUUUUAUGUAUUUCUGAAGCAGAACUGUUGAUAUUUUUAUAUAAAUGUUUUCUAAAUUUGUUGAAAGGUUUGUCUGGAGUCUGGACGUAUGUUCUUCAAUAUAUUAGUGGUAUGGUUGUUAGAGUGUUAGAGUCAGCAAGCUACCGUAACAGUUCUUGUCACAUAGGAGUGUAGUCUUAAUUUCAAUAAAUAUUUUUUCCGUA